GGUGAGGCUACUGCCGAGUACUGGAAUGGCCAGACAGAGUUCAUGGAGCAGAAACGGGCUGAGGUGGACACGGUCUGCCGGAACAACUACGGGGCGGCGAGUGCCUCUUACGUCGUGGGGCGGAGAGUUCAGCCCAAGGUGAGGGUCUCUGCCAUGCAGUCGAGCUCCCUGCCCCAGACCGACAGGCUGGUUUGCGCCGUGAUGGAUUUCUACCCCGCGGAGAUCGAGGUGAAGUGGUUCAAGAACGGGCAGGAGGAGACGGAGCACGUGGUGUCCACGGACGUGAUCCAGAACGGAGACUGGACCUACCAGGUGCUGGUGAUGCUGGAAACCAGCCCGCAGCGCGUGUCCCUGCAAGGACACCAGCCACGCACCCAUGGGGUGAACACCGGCCUCACGGAGCCUGGCCACCCCCGGGGGCUUCCCUGGGUGCUGGUGGACCCAGCGAGGACUCCCCUGCCCAGGGCCUGGGCCCUGACCGGCGUUGGCUCUGCCCACACCCAGUUCACCGGGGAGCCACACGCCCCAGGGACGCUGCCGGUGUCUGCGGCGUAG